UAGGUUUCGAGUUGUACACACAAAAAAUACCCAAUAAAUUUUUCAUUUUGACUUAUAUUACGCUUGAUAUCAACCUACCGGCUACCGCAAUCCUCGUCGUCUGUCCGGGCGAGGAACCUGCCGCAUUCAAUAUUGAAUAUGCAUAGUGUUCUUUUAAAAAAGGUAUAAAAACCCAAUCUUGCAAGGAUUCUCGUGAUUUGCUCACAUGCCAAGAAAGCUUAACCGUAAUCUCCAUCAUUGUUCACAAGUUUUUCUCAUCUAAGGUCCUCUUUUGAUCACUUCUCCUCAACUCCACGAUUCUUUUGGGUAGUGCAUCAUCUGUUUGCUGUGGAUCCGUACUCUUCAAUAUCAUUAUCUGGGUAUUAUCUGGGUUUGGUUGUGAGGGCAAUACUGCAAUGGAUUCUUGCUGUUUGGGCUUCAAAGCUAAUACCCAUUUAGCGAAUCCCAACCAAGGUUGUCUCAAGAAUGCAGACUAUGGGUUUUUUGGGGAGAGGAUCAGAGGGAGCCUAAAUAAUAGUGUUUGGGUCAAUCAGUUGACAAAUAGCUUGAAAGCUGAGAAGAGGAUCAAGAAGGUUAAACCAGGAGUUGCUCUUGCUGUUAUUACAUCAAAUAAUGCCAAAGAAGUUGUGAAUUUGCAAGCAUCAAUGUUUGAGAGACCAAAAGCAGAUCCAAAAAACGUGGCUUCAAUCAUACUGGGAGGAGGUGCAGGGACCCAGCUGUUUCCGCUCACCAAAAGAGCAGCAACACCUGCGGUUCCCAUUGGAGGAUGUUACCGGCUUAUUGACAUACCGAUGAGCAACUGUAUCAAUAGUGGAAUUAACAAGAUUUUUGUACUUACCCAGUUCAACUCAGCUUCGCUAAAUCGCCAUCUUGCACGCACCUACUUUGGUAAUGGUAUUAACUUUGGGGAUGGAUUUGUGGAGGUUCUUGCGGCUACCCAAACGCCUGGAGAAGCUGGAAAGAUGUGGUUCCAAGGAACAGCAGAUGCUGUGAGGCAAUUUACAUGGGUUUUUGAGGAUGCUAAGAAUAGGAAUAUUGAAAACAUAUUGAUCUUGUCUGGGGAUCAUCUAUACCGUAUGGACUAUAUGGACUUUGUGCAGCAUCACGUCGACAGGAAUGCUGAUAUAACAAUUUCAUGUGCACCAGUGAGUGAGAGCCGUGCUUCAGAUUAUGGAUUGGCGAAGAUAGACGCCUGGGGCCGUGUUGUCCAUUUUGCUGAAAAGCCAAAGGGCGCUGAUCUCAAAUCAAUGCAAGUGGAUACUACUCUUCUCGGGCUGUCACCACAAGAUGCCAAAAAGGCCCCAUAUAUUGCGUCAAUGGGUGUCUAUAUCUUUAAGACAGACACUUUGUUGGAGCUUUUGCGAUGGAGGUAUCCUACUUCCAAUGACUUUGGAUCUGAAAUAAUUCCUGCAGCUGUUCGGGAGCAUGAUGUCCAAGCAUAUAUCUUCAGAGAUUACUGGGAGGACAUGGGAACUAUAAAAACCUUUUACGACGCUAACUUGGCGCUCACUGAAGAGAAUCCGAAGUUCAAAUUUUAUGAUCCAAAGACACCUUUCUGCACAUCUCCGCGAUUUCUACCACCAACCAAAAUGGAUAAAAGCAAGAUUAAAGAUGCAAUAGUCUCACAUGGAUGUUUUUUGGGAGAAUGCAAGAUUGAACGUUCCAUAGUGGGUGAACGCUCACGCAUCGAUAAUGGUGUGGAGCUUUUGGACACCAUAAUGCUGGGAGCUGACUAUUAUGAAACCGAGCCUGAAAUCGCAUCCUUGCUUGCAGAAGGAAAGAUUACAAUUGGGAUAGGGAAGAAUACGAGAAUCAGGAACUGUAUAAUCGACAAGAACGCAAAGAUUGGAAAAGACGUGGUUAUCAUGAAUAAAGAAGUUUUGUAGGGUGUUCAGGAGGCUGAUAGGCCAGAAGAUGGAUUCUAUAUCCGAUCAGGUAUCACGGUUAUAAUGGAGAAGGCAACGAUAGAGGAUGGAGCUGUUAUAUGAACGGGAUGCGAGUACUAACCACGGAAUGUUCCAACUUCCAAGCCUAGGAGUUGAGAGGAAAACAUUUCUGAAGCAGUUUACCAGAUGUUUAUACUGGGAAGGCAAAGAGGAUUGUCCAUGCAGCAUUCUGGUCUUGAAAAGUAACAUGCUACGUUGCGAUUACUGUGUAAAUUACAAACCUAGUUUCCCUAAAAUAGAGGCAAUAAGUGUUCUUGCGGCAGGGGUUUGGCAAAUAGUGCUGAGAUGAGCUGCUAGCAGCUUUUUCUUUGUUGAGAGGUUCAUUGAUCAAUAUGAGGGUAGAAUGUUCAGAUAUAUGUCAAGCUAGUUAUACUAUGAUGAUAAUUGAACUGAACUUGUGCCAGCCUCAGUUUAGGAACCGAGGUGGUUGCAUUAUUUUGAUAACUUUAACCGAUUGACGAUAGCCUAAUUAAUGAAUUUCUCUUGGGGCAAA